GUCACAGUGACGGUUUAAUCUCGAACUGUCAUGGUUUCUUCGUCUAAAGUUCCAGCUCAGAAAAGAUAUUCUCGUAUAUCGAUAGCUCCGACUACCUCGAAAGCUCUCCCUCAAUGUACACCUUAUCUUAUGCCGUUCCAUAUCGACUAUACUGGGCCAGCACCGGUGUCGACUUACUUUCGCGUUGAGGACGCGAAGACACACGUUGGAAGCCCAGAAUUCUCCAAGGACGCCUCUCGUACAGAAACUGCUGAGGCUUCUGCAGGAAGCUCUGGCUCCGGACUGGAUGUGGCUCAGUCUCCACACGAACACAAUGGCAUUGAUACUAUCUCGUCCGUAGAACAAAGAAUGAGAUCUCCUGAGACCUCUACAUCAAAUCCCGUUCCGGAUGGCCACCCCCGCUACAUUUCUACAUUCCGGGGCCGGACAGUACAAGGACUAGAAGUUGACCUUCCGGAAGGAUAUACAGGAAUUCUUUUUCGUUCUGGCGAUGAAGCGGGGGAGGCAAAGAACACUGGGAAGGGCAAAGGUGUCGCAAAUGGAAAAGGGAAAGUGGCAGCAGUUCAACAAAAUCAGAGAAGAACUACGCGUCGUUCAACAAGGUCACGAGUUGCCGACGACGACGAAGUAAUGGAUACUGAUGCCGAAGAUGAGGCGGAAGAAGCCUCUGAAAGUGCCUUAGAUCUUUUUGCCUCUUCACAAUUCAAGUCAUUCUUGUUGUGGCAUCCGGAUAUUCCUGUGGACACAGGGAAAGACGAGUAUAUGUCUUCGAUCGGAGAAUGGAUAAAAAUUGCAAGCGUGCUUCAUCAAGUGCCCAGUGUUAUUACAUAGCUUGAAUCCUGAAUAUACCAUUUCUCUGAUACCAUGUUUUCAAUAAUGUGUUCCCGUAACCAUGAAGUUCGAAGUGCAA